AUGGCCAGGAGUGCAGUUAGCAAUGGUGCUGGUGGCACGCGGGCACUGCCGUAUCGAGGGGCUGCAGCUGCGAGGGCCACAACCUCGUUCUCCACCGGACCCAGGACGUUUGAGUUCUUCGUGGGCACGGUGCUGCAGUACCAGCUGCACAGGGCGGCGUGCCGCGCGGCCGGCAAGUUCGACCCGGAGAACCCGGCCAGGAUACCGCUGCACAAGUGCGACGUCUACCGCAGCCCGGAAGCCGGGGAAGUGCUCAGGCGGCUGAUGCGUCCGGGCUCGUCGGCGCCGUGGCAGGAGGCGCUGCGUCUGGCCACCAACGAGUCGCAGCUGGACGGCUCGGCCGUCAGGGACUACUUCCGGCCGCUGGAGGACUGGCUCACCCAGGAGAACCAGCGCACCGGGGAGUACGUCGGCUGGCUCUACGAUGGUGAUUACUGCAAGCAGAGUAUCGAGACAGCCAACUUGCAGGUUUCUGGUGGCUACUACAAUGCAGCAAUGGUUUGCAGCCCUACUGUAGCUGUGCUGCUCAUCCCUCUCUCGGUUACACUGUUUCUAGUUGCAAGUCGUGUCUAGUCAGAGUGGCUAAAUGUAUGAAUCUCACUGUCAUUACCCAUGGUAGAGAUAAGAGUUGUAUAUAAACAGUAUAAGGCAUGUCAUUCCAAAUAAAAUUCAAUUUUGUUCAUGAA